UUGCUCUGCUAUUUGGAGAGUGCUGUUUUGGUGACAGUAAUGUUAACACUGCCAUAGUAACAGAACGUGGAAGGUAUAGACUUGGAGGCUACUUUUUAAGCUAGUAUUGCACAUACUGGCUAGAGCCAUGAGUAUUCUCCCAGUCUUGGUACUGACGGCCCUGUGCCUCUUCGCCAGCGCAUCAUCUGAUAAAGCAAGUUGCACAUUUAAUGGAAAGACCUUCAAAGAUGGAGAGACAAUUCUUGACAAAUGCCAGAUUUGCGAGUGUGUCGAUGGAGAAAUAAAAGACUGCUCAGUAAAUGCAAACUGCAAAGCAGAGACUGUGACUCAACAAGAAGAACACAAUGCUGCUAUUAAUUAUGAAGAUGACCCAAAUGUAAUUGGAAGCAGCAAUGGGAAUUCCUCAAAUCGUAAAAAGCGUGGCCUGCCUCGAAAACAGGAAAUGAAAGUCAACUUUCCAAAUGUUGCGCUAAAUUCAAUUGGCCUGAAGGGCAAUUUAGAAAUUGGUGUUGCAAAAAUAGAGCUUGGAGGUGGAGAACGUCAUGGACACCAUGAAUUAAGUACUAGCUGGGAAGGGAAGAAGACAAUCAUUGGUGGAGGUAUGAGCGGAGAAAUAGAAGGAAGCAAACAUUCAGUUGGCCUGAAAGGCAAUGUAGAAAUUGGUGGUGCCAAAAUAGUGCUUGGAGGUGGAGAAGGUCAUGGACACCAUGAAUUCAGUACUAGCUGGGAAGGGAAGAAGACAAUCAUUGGUGGAGGUGUGAGCGGAGAAAUAGAAGGAAGCAAACAUUCAAUUGGAUUGAAUGGUGAUGUAGAACUUGGUGGUGCAAAAAUAGAACUUGGAGGUGGAGAAGGUAAUGGACACCGUGAAUUCAGUACUAGCUGGGAAGGGAAGAAGACAAUCAUUGGUGGAGGUGUGAGCGGAGAAUUAGAAGGAAGCAAACAUUCAGUUGUCCUGAAUGGCAAUGUAGAAAUUGGUGGUGCCAAAAUAGAGCUUGGAGGUGGAGAAGGUCAUGGACACCAUGAAUUCAGUACUAGCUGGGAAGGGAAGAAGACAAUCAUUGGUGGAGGUGUGAGCGGAGAAAUAGAAGGAAGCAAACAUUCAAUUGGAUUGAAUGGUGAUGUAGAACUUGGUGGUGCAAAAAUAGAACUUGGAGGUGAAAAAGGUCAUGGACACCGUGAAUUCAGUACUAGCUCGAAAGGGAAGAAGACAAUCAUUGGUGGAGGUGUGAGCGGAGAAAUAGAAGGAAGCAAACAAUCAGUUGGCCUGAAUGGCAAUGUAGAAAUUGGCGGUGCCAAAAUAGAGCUUGGAGGUGGAGAAGGUCAUGGACACCAUGAAUUCAGUACUAGCUGGGAAGGGAAGAAGACAAUAAUUGGUGGAGGUGUGAGCGGAGAAAUAGAAGGAAGCAAACAUUCAAUUGGAUUGAAUGGUGAUGUAGAACUUGGUGGUGCAAAAAUAGAACUUGGAGGUGGAGAAGGUCAUGGACACCGUGAAUUCAGUACUAGCUGGGAAGGGAAGAAGACAAUCAUUGGUGGAGGUGUGAGCGGAGAAUUAGAAGGAAGCAAACAUUCAGUUGGCCUGAAUGGCAACGUAGAAAUUGGUGGUGCCAAAAUAGAGCUUGGAGGUGGAGAAGGUAAUGGACACCAUGAAUUCAGUACUAGCUGGGAAGGGAAGAAGACAAUCAUUGGUGGAGGUGUGAGCGGAGAAAUAGAAGGAAGUAAACAUUCAAUUGGAUUGAAUGGUGAUGUAGAACUUGGUGGUGCAAAAAUAGAACUUGGAGGUGGAAAAGGUCAUGGACACCAUGAAUUCAGUACUAGCUGGGAAGGGAAGAAGACAAUCAUUGGUGGAGGUGUGAGCGGAGAAAUAGAAGGAAGCAAACAUUCAAUUGGAUUGAAUGGUGAUGUAGAACUUGGUGGUGCAAAAAUAGAACUUGGAGGUGGAGAAGGUCAUGGACACCGUGAAUUCAGUACUAGCUGGGAAGGGAAGAAGACAAUCAUUGGUGGAGGUGUGAGCGGAGAAUUAGAAGGAAGCAAACAUUCAGUUGGCCUGAAUGGCAACGUAGAAAUUGGUGGUGCCAAAAUAGAGCUUGGAGGUGGAGAAGGUAAUGGACACCAUGAAUUCAGUACUAGCUGGGAAGGGAAGAAGACAAUCAUUGGUGGAGGUGUGAGCGGAGAAAUAGAAGGAAGUAAACAUUCAAUUGGAUUGAAUGGUGAUGUAGAACUUGGUGGUGCAAAAAUAGAACUUGGAGGUGGAAAAGGUCAUGGACACCAUGAAUUCAGUACUAGCUGGGAAGGGAAGAAGACAAUCAUUGGUGGAGGUGUGAGCGGAGAAAUAGAAGGAAGCAAACAUUCAAUUGGAUUGAAUGGUGAUGUAGAACUUGGUGGUGCAAAAAUAGAACUUGGAGGUGGAGAAGGUCAUGGACACCGUGAAUUCAGUACUAGCUGGGAAGGGAAGAAGACAAUCAUUGGUGGAGGUGUGAGCGGAGAAUUAGAAGGAAGCAAACAUUCAGUUGGCCUGAAUGGCAAUGUAGAAAUUGGUGGUGCCAAAAUAGAGCUUGGAGGUGGAGAAGGUCAUGGACACCAUGAAUUCAGUACUAGCUGGGAAGGGAAGAAGACAAUCAUUGGUGGAGGUGUGAGCAGAGAAAUAGAAGGAAGCAAACAUUCAAUUGGAUUGAAUGGUGAUGUAGAACUUGGUGGUGCAAAAAUAGAACUUGGAGGUGGAAAAGGUCAUGGACACCGUGAAUUCAGUACUAGCUGGGAAGGAAAGAAGACAAUCAUUGGUGGAGGUGUGAGCGGAGAAUUAGAAGGAAGCAAACAUUCAGUUGGCCUGAAUGGCAAUGUAGAAAUUGGUGGUGCCAAAAUAGAGCUUGGAGGUGGAGAAGGUCAUGGACACCAUGAAUUCAGUACUAGCUGGGAAGGGAAGAAGACAAUCAUUGGUGGAGGUGUGAGCGGAGAAAUAGAAGGAAGCAAACAUUCAAUUGGAUUGAAUGGUGAUGUAGAACUUGGUGGUGCAAAAAUAGAACUUGGAGGUGGAAAAGGUCAUGGACACCGUGAAUUCAGUACUAGCUGGGAAGAAAAGAAGACAAUCAUUGGUGGAGGUGUGAGCGGAGAAUUAGAAGGAAGCAAACAUUCAGUUGGCCUGAAUGGCAAUGUAGAAAUUGGUGGUGCCAAAAUAGAGCUUGGAGGUGGAGAAGGUCAUGGACACCAUGAAUUCAGUACUAGCUGGGAAGGGAAGAAGACAAUCAUUGGUGGAGGUGUGAGCAGAGAAAUAGAAGGAAGCAAACAUUCAAUUGGAUUGAAUGGUGAUGUAGAACUUGGUGGUGCAAAAAUAGAACUUGGAGGUGGAAAAGGUCAUGGACACCGUGAAUUCAGUACUAGCUGGGAAGGAAAGAAGACAAUCAUUGGUGGAGGUGUGAGCGGAGAAUUAGAAGGAAGCAAACAUUCAGUUGGCCUGAAUGGCAAUGUAGAAAUUGGUGGUGCCAAAAUAGAGCUUGGAGGUGGAGAAGGUCAUGGACACCAUGAAUUCAGUACUAGCUGGGAAGGGAAGAAGACAAUCAUUGGUGGAGGUGUGAGCGGAGAAAUAGAAGGAAGCAAACAUUCAAUUGGAUUGAAUGGUGAUGUAGAACUUGGUGGUGCAAAAAUAGAACUUGGAGGUGGAAAAGGUCAUGGACACCGUGAAUUCAGUACUAGCUGGGAAGGAAAGAAGACAAUCAUUGGUGGAGGUGUGAGCGGAGAAUUAGAAGGAAGCAAACAAUCAGUUGGCCUGAAUGGCAAUGUAGAAAUUGGCGGUGCCAAAAUAGAGCUUGGAGGUGGAGAAGGUCAUGGACACCAUGAAUUCAGUACUAGCUGGGAAGGGAAGAAGACAAUCAUUGGUGGAGGUGUGAGCGGAGAAAUAGAAGGAAGCAAACAUUCAAUUGGAUUGAAUGGUGAUGUAGAACUUGGUGGUGCAAAAAUAGAACUUGGAGGUGGAGAAGGUCAUGGACACCGUGAAUUCAGUACUAGCUGGGAAGGGAAGAAGACAAUCAUUGGUGGAGGUGUGAGCGGAGAAUUAGAAGGAAGCAAACAUUCAGUUGGCCUGAAUGGCAAUGUAGAAAUUGGUGGUGCCAAAAUAGAGCUUGGAGGUGGAGAAGGUCAUGGACACCAUGAAUUCAGUACUAGCUGGGAAGGGAAGAAGACAAUCAUUGGUGGAGGUGUGAGCAGAGAAAUAGAAGGAAGCAAACAUUCAAUUGGAUUGAAUGGUGAUGUAGAACUUGGUGGUGCAAAAAUAGAACUUGGAGGUGGAAAAGGUCAUGGACACCGUGAAUUCAGUACUAGCUGGGAAGGAAAGAAGACAAUCAUUGGUGGAGGUGUGAGCGGAGAAUUAGAAGGAAGCAAACAUUCAGUUGGCCUGAAUGGCAAUGUAGAAAUUGGUGGUGCCAAAAUAGAGCUUGGAGGUGGAGAAGGUCAUGGACACCAUGAAUUCAGUACUAGCUGGGAAGGGAAGAAGACAAUCAUUGGUGGAGGUGUGAGCGGAGAAAUAGAAGGAAGCAAACAUUCAAUUGGAUUGAAUGGUGAUGUAGAACUUGGUGGUGCAAAAAUAGAACUUGGAGGUGGAAAAGGUCAUGGACACCGUGAAUUCAGUACUAGCUGGGAAGAAAAGAAGACAAUCAUUGGUGGAGGUGUGAGCGGAGAAUUAGAAGGAAGCAAACAUUCAGUUGGCCUGAAUGGCAAUGUAGAAAUUGGUGGUGCCAAAAUAGAGCUUGGAGGUGGAGAAGGUCAUGGACACCAUGAAUUCAGUACUAGCUGGGAAGGGAAGAAGACAAUCAUUGGUGGAGGUGUGAGCAGAGAAAUAGAAGGAAGCAAACAUUCAAUUGGAUUGAAUGGUGAUGUAGAACUUGGUGGUGCAAAAAUAGAACUUGGAGGUGGAAAAGGUCAUGGACACCGUGAAUUCAGUACUAGCUGGGAAGGAAAGAAGACAAUCAUUGGUGGAGGUGUGAGCGGAGAAUUAGAAGGAAGCAAACAUUCAGUUGGCCUGAAUGGCAAUGUAGAAAUUGGUGGUGCCAAAAUAGAGCUUGGAGGUGGAGAAGGUCAUGGACACCAUGAAUUCAGUACUAGCUGGGAAGGGAAGAAGACAAUCAUUGGUGGAGGUGUGAGCGGAGAAAUAGAAGGAAGCAAACAUUCAAUUGGAUUGAAUGGUGAUGUAGAACUUGGUGGUGCAAAAAUAGAACUUGGAGGUGGAAAAGGUCAUGGACACCGUGAAUUCAGUACUAGCUGGGAAGGAAAGAAGACAAUCAUUGGUGGAGGUGUGAGCGGAGAAUUAGAAGGAAGCAAACAAUCAGUUGGCCUGAAUGGCAAUGUAGAAAUUGGCGGUGCCAAAAUAGAGCUUGGAGGUGGAGAAGGUCAUGGACACCAUGAAUUCAGUACUAGCUGGGAAGGGAAGAAGACAAUCAUUGGUGGAGGUGUGAGCGGAGAAAUAGAAGGAAGCAAACAUUCAAUUGGAUUGAAUGGUGAUGUAGAACUUGGUGGUGCAAAAAUAGAACUUGGAGGUGGAGAAGGUCAUGGACACCGUGAAUUCAGUACUAGCUGGGAAGGGAAGAAGACAAUCAUUGGUGGAGGUGUGAGCGGAGAAUUAGAAGGAAGCAAACAUUCAGUUGGCCUGAAUGGCAAUGUAGAAAUUGGUGGUGCCAAAAUAGAGCUUGGAGGUGGAGAAGGUCAUGGACACCAUGAAUUCAGUACUAGCUGGGAAGGGAAGAAGACAAUCAUUGGUGGAGGUGUGAGCAGAGAAAUAGAAGGAAGCAAACAUUCAAUUGGAUUGAAUGGUGAUGUAGAACUUGGUGGUGCAAAAAUAGAACUUGGAGGUGGAAAAGGUCAUGGACACCGUGAAUUCAGUACUAGCUGGGAAGGAAAGAAGACAAUCAUUGGUGGAGGUGUGAGCGGAGAAUUAGAAGGAAGCAAACAUUCAGUUGGCCUGAAUGGCAAUGUAGAAAUUGGUGGUGCCAAAAUAGAGCUUGGAGGUGGAGAAGGUCAUGGACACCAUGAAUUCAGUACUAGCUGGGAAGGGAAGAAGACAAUCAUUGGUGGAGGUGUGAGCGGAGAAAUAGAAGGAAGCAAACAUUCAAUUGGAUUGAAUGGUGAUGUAGAACUUGGUGGUGCAAAAAUAGAACUUGGAGGUGGAAAAGGUCAUGGACACCAUGAAUUCAGUACUAGCUGGGAAGGGAAGAAGACAAUCAUUGGUGGAGGUGUGAGCGGAGAAAUAGAAGGAAGCAAACAUUCACUUGGUUUGAAUGGUGAUGUAAAAAUUGGUGGUGCAAAAAUAGAGCUUGGAGGUGGAGCAGGCCACAGACACCAUGAAUUCAAUACGACAUGGGAAGUGAAGAAGACUAUCAGUGGUGGAGGAGAGAGUGGAGAAUUAGAAGGAAUCAAACAUGGUGAAAAUGUACAAGUGGGUGGCGAAGCUGGCAACUUGAAGGUGAAAGAUGAGGAUAGUGACCAGAAUGAGAAACACGACUUCAACAGCGAGGAGGUAACAGCCACUUUCCAUGGAAAGGUUGAGGGUGGCUGGAAGAAAAAUUGGAAGGAGGAAUCAAGUGAGGAGAGAAAAGACUCAUUCAAAUCAAGAAAAAAUUUCCAUGGUGUAACUGUACAGUUAGGUGGCGAAGCUGCCAGCGUGGAGUUAAACGGGAAAUUCGGCCAUAAAAAUAAGAAACACGAGGAAGGUGGCAGUAACAGUGAGGAGGAAACGGACAAGUCUAGUAGAAAGAAGGGUUGGAAGAAAACAUCUGAGAGUGAAGAGAUUCAUUCAAGUGAAAAUACAGAAGACUCAUUCAACAAAGAAAAACGACGCGGGGGUGGUAAACAGAAAUUUGCAUCUUCAAGCGAGCAGAGUACAAUCACCAUUAAAGGUAAAGGAAAGGGUGGAUGGAAGAAGUUCUCUGAAAGUGAAAGCUCCAUUGAAGAGGAAAAAAGCUCUUUCAAAAAACAUAAAGGCACUCACGUAAAAGGAACGUUUGAAGAAAAGACCCAACAUGGUCAUGCCUAUGGGCACAAUAAUAAGGGGAAGACUACCAAGUGGGGAUUCAAAGAUGGAGAAAAUGAGAGUCAUGAUGAAUCAUCUGAAGAGAAAUUUAAAAAAACUAUAGAAGAUAUUGACCUGGAAAUUGAAGAAACUGGUACAGUUGCUACUCCAACCGAGAUUCCUGUAACCGUGUACGAACCUCCUGUCAUCACUGAACGUGUUCCCUUACUAUAUACUGAAAAUGAAGUCAAAUCAAUCGUUACAGAGCCAGAAACUCUCCCUAUCACCAGAGGCCCACCGAUAGACUGUAUAUUUAAUAAAAACUCAGUGGCUGAUGGAGACUCCUUGGUACUUAAUUGUGUUACUUGCACUUGCAUCAGUGGAUCACUUACAUGUGUUAAAAACCUUGACUGCCCAGGAAUAUGUUCAAUUACUGGAUAUCAGAUGGUUCGCACAUUUGAUGGCACCUUGUAUGAAAAUCCUGGAACUUGCAGCUAUGUUUUGGUAAAAACACCCAGUUACUCUAUCACCCUGAACAACAAGCCCUGCGUUGAAUUGAGAAAUGGUAUACAGGAUCCAAAGGCUGUGUGUAUUGAAUCGGUGGACAUCUAUAUACCUCUUAUAGCCAGCUUAAGCCUCUCAUAUGAUGGCACAAUAACCUCUGCAGGAAAACAGUCUGCUAUUCCAUAUUUUAUUCAUGAUACCAUCACCAUUCUCAGAAGCUCAUCUGUCUUCCUGGAUGUGGCUAGUGACUUCUUUAACCUGCAAUAUGACUUCAAGGGGAACCGGCUUUACGUGAUCCUUCAGAACAGCUACAAGGACCAAACCAGUGGUUUGUGCGGAACUUACAAUGACAACCGUAAUGAUGACUACAGGAGCUCACUUGAUAUAACAGAGACAGUUUCUGGUUUAUUCGCUGUAUCUUGGAAAACCCCAGGCCAGUGCGCAGACAAACCCAAAGAAGCGGAAAAUGAAGAUAAACGUGUGACUGCUGAAUUAACAUGCACUAGUACUUUCCAAGAUUCCAUCUUUGAAGAUUGUCGUCUUCUGAUUGACACUCAUGGCUACCAAGCUUCUUGUGCCAACAGUAUCUACUAUGGCAACUCCGAAGGAUUUUGCUCUGCUAUUGCAGACUAUGCCUAUCGCUGUGCCAGGGCAGGCAUCUUCAUUCCUGUGAGCUCUACAUUCACUUUCUGCACCCCUACAUGUCAAGAAGACAUGCUUCUUAGUUCAGACAACCUUUUCACCCAACAAGACUGUGCUGAAUAUUCGGCUACUCUAUUGAAGAUCUCAUCCAGCAUUCCUCUGAACGAAGCCUGCAUCUGUCCUCGUGAUUUGUAUUAUGAUGCAACUUUAGAUCGAUGUGUCAGUGGUGAGCAAUGUCCCUGCUACGUCAACAAUGAUGUGUACAAACUAGGUCAGAAUAUCACAUUCCCCAAUGGAGAAUCAUGCCCCUGUGAAAGAAUACUACAGUGCAGCGGAACAGAUAAACCUGACAAUGGUGGAGUGAUUAAAGAAUGCCCAGAAAAUGAAAUAUUCUCUGAUUGCUCCCUGGGAUAUGGGAAAUCUUGUGAACCCAGCUGUGAAUUCCUGGCUGUGCUUGACCAGGGCUGCGGUGCAGAAUGCGCAACAGGCUGUAUCUGCAAACACGGUCUAUUGAGAGGUAGCGAUGGAAACUGCAUCCCACUGAACGAAUGUCCAUGUAUUCACGGAGAUGAUGUAUACAACCCUGGAGAAACACUGGCCAGUGACUGCAAUACUUGCACGUGUGAAAAUGGCAAAUUCUCCUGUACCACCAAUCCUUGCAAUAAAGUGUGUAAUGCAUAUGCCGGAUCCCAGUUCUUCCUCUUUGACAAUAUCUGGAAGACAUAUACCACAAGGGAUUGCCCAGUUGUCCUAGUGCAGUCUCGAGAGGAUGCUGUUCCAAACUUCCGUGUUAUCAUGCAAAAUGUCCGGUCUGAAUCUGUUGGAGGAGCUUUGGCCAGAAAAUAUAUUACCAUUGCAUUUGAAGGCAUUAGUGUAGCGCUGACCGAGGGAGAGCCUAGUGUGGUAUAUGAUCCUAACAGCAAAGCUCAAGUUAAGAUCUACCGUUCUGGAUUCUACGUAGUAGCCCAUUUCACAGAAGGUCUUACUGUCUACUAUGAUCAACAUCUGGAUGUCAUUGUUCAACUUGAGCCAAGCCUACAGGGCAAGGUUCUGGGAAUGUGCGGUGAUGCUGAUGGAUCAACAACUACUGAACUGGCCAUAAGUAACAUGGAGCAAUAUGCAUCACAAUAUCUUUUGGGAGAGUGCGCAGAACCAGAGGUACCACCCUUCGUUCCAAGUGACAACCACAGGAGUUACGUUGAGAAACGUUGCAGUGUGCUUAAGAGCUCAGAAUUUGCACUGUGCCAUACUGAGGUCAAUGUCCAACCUUAUUACGCAGCUUGCGUAGAAGAGACAGAGAGCUGCAGAGAAGGGGAAAGCUGCCUCUGCUUCUGCACAUCACUUGCUGCUUAUGCCCGUGCCUGUUGUCGUAAGGGCAUCACCAUUGACUGGAGAAAUCCUGACACAUGCCCAUCUCCCUGUGAAUAUUACAACCGAGCUUCUGGAGAAGGACCUUAUCGUUUGAUCAUGUUGAAUGGCAACACACUGGUGACAGAUUUUGUUACCAAGAAAGUAUAUGUGAUCCAGGAUGAUUUGCCAAAUAACUUAGCUGCAACCUUCAUGGUCACGCCAAGCCUCUAUAUUGACUCACUGAAUGGCAGGAAGUUAGUUUCACUAGAAUCCGCCGAACAUCCAAAUUUCUUCAUCGUUCAAAAUAGCGAUGGCAGCCUCAGUCUUCAGAAAUGGCAACCAAGCGUCAGCUUCCGUUCUCAGGCCACAUUCAUCAUGAGAGCAGGUCGCUGGGUCAGAGGCUACAAUGCCUUGGAGUCCUUCACAUCCCGUGGGCAGUAUCUUUCCAUCAAAAAUGAUAACUCAUUAAUUAUGUCCAAGGUGAAGUCUGGAAACAUGCUGGUGAUGAAUUUCAAACUGAGAGAGGAAAGCUUUGGUUUGCCCUCUUUCUCCAUCUGUACUUGGAAGUACAGAGCUUGCAGUAACCCUUGCAUUCCAACAUGCUCAGAUCCUCUUGGAACCAAGUGCACCCUCACACUCAAAGUUGAAGGCUGUUAUCCAAUCUGUGCCCCUGGCAUGGUUUUCGAUGAGAUUACCCAUCGUUGUGUGCGAUUUGAAGACUGUAUUAGCUUUGGUGUGCCCACUACUCCUCCACCGGAGCAAUGUAAGGAUGUGCAGUGCAAAGUAGAGACAUGUGAACAAGGGAAGACCCAAGUAAGAGUUGACUCACCAGAUCCUUGUUGUCCAAAGUACAUUUGUGUUCCAGAACAGACAACUACACCAUCAACUUCAACACUGGAACCAUGUAAGGAUGUGCAGUGCAUAGUAGAGAAAUGUGAACAAUGGGAGACCCAAGUCAGAGUUGACUCACCAGAUCCUUGUUGUCCAAAGUAUAUUUGUGUUCCAGAACAGACAACUACACCAUCAACUUCAACACUGGAACCAUGUAAGGAUGUGAAGUGCAUAGUAGAGAAAUGUGAACAAGGGGAGACCCAAGUCAGAGUUGACUCCACAGAUCCUUGUUGUCCAAAGUAUAUUUGUGUUCCAGAACAGACAACUACACCAUCAACUUCAACACUGGAGCCAUGUAAGGAUGUGCAGUGCAUAGUGGAGAAAUGUGAACAAGGGGAGACCCAAGUCAGAGUUGACUCCACAGAUCCUUGUUGUCCAAAGUAUAUUUGUGUUCCAGAACAGACAACUACACCAUCAACUUCAACACUGGAACCAUGUAAGGAUGUGAAGUGCAUAGUAGAGAAAUGUGAACAAGGGGAGACCCAAGUCAGAGUUGACUCCACAGAUCCUUGUUGUCCAAAGUAUAUUUGUGUUUCAGUACAGACAACUACACCAUCAACUUCAACAGUGGAACCAUGUAAGAAUGUGCAGUGCAUAGUGGAGACAUGUGAACAAGGGGAGAACAAAGUACGAGUUGACUCAACAGAUCCUUGUUGUCCAACGUACAUUUGUGUUCCCGUACUGACAACUACACCAUCAACUACAACACUGGACGCGUGCUGGAAUGUGCACUGCCCAGUGGUGACAUGUAAUGAAGGAGAGAAUUUGGUGAGACUGGAUUCAGCCGAUCCUUGCUGUGCACGCGAAGUGUGUGUUGGAACCACCACAACCACUGUACCAACCACAACAGAAGACAAAUGCAAACAUGUCGUGUGUGAUGUAACAAUAUGUGACAAGAGUGGUUCAUAUGUGAAGGAACUCCCUUGGUCAGAUCCGUGCUGUCCACGUUAUGAGUGUGCAUGCAAGAUGUGUGAAAAUCCUCCGAUAUGUGAAAAUGGAGAACCACCAAUUGCACAAUUUGAUGAAAAUACACAGUGUUGCCCAGUGUAUAUUUGUGGACAGACAAAGACUACGACAACUGUGUCUUCUAAUACACCGAACCCAUGCAGAUAUGUUGAGUGUCCCACUAAAACAUGUAAUUAUGGCGAAUAUCUGGUGGCAAUCAAUGGAACAGACCCAUGCUGUUUAGACAAAAUAUGUAUUCCUGAAGUCACCACUCCAGAACCUCCCAUCUCUACCAUCACUACUCCUUCGCCUUGUGAAAAUGUGCAGUGUCCAACCUCCAAAUGCGAUUUUGGAGAUACUGUCUUGGUGAAAGUAGACUCAGAAAAUCCAUGCUGUGCAUUGUAUGAAUGUGUUCCACCUACUACAACUCCAACAACAGUAACAACAACAAAGGAGAAAUGCUGGGAUAUAGUAUGUCCAGUGCACGACUGUUAUAAGGAAGGAACCUCAAAAGUUGAAAUUAAAAGCGAUGAUCCCUGCUGUAAAGCAUACGAUUGUGAAUGCCAACCAUGCAGCCCAGCUCCCUUCUGCAAUGGAAACAAGCCCAUAAUGAGCAUUGAUCCUGAAACGCAAUGUUGUCCAACCUAUAGAUGUCCACCAGAAAAUCCUCCGACACCUUUCAUCCCUACGACCACCGAGAACCCAUGCAAUGGUAUAGUGUGUGAAUCUGUAACCUGCUCGAAGAAAGGUGAAGUUUUGGUGGAUUUACACGUGACAGGUUCCUGCUGUCCCCAUGUAGUGUGCGAAUGCUCCAACGCGUGCCCAAAUCCUCCUGUGUGUGAAUAUGGCAACACACCAAUAAAAUCUUUCAAUCCUGAAAUUGAAUGUUGUCCAGAAUAUAUAUGCAAUCCCAUUGAACCUACAACACCAACGGUGGAAUGUAAGGACGUUGUUUGCCCAACUAAAACAUGUGAUGAAGAGCACACUCUGGUUGCAGUAUUAGGAAAUGAUCCCUGUUGUUUCGACUAUACUUGUGUGCCACACAUUACAACUACAACUCCUCAAAUUGUCAUCACCACUCCAACCCCAGAGCCUUGCCGCGAUGUUGUGUGCCCACCACCAACCACCUGUAAUCUUGGAGAUACCACCUUGGUAAAGAUCGAUCCAGCCAAUCCUUGCUGUAACAUAAAUGAAUGCAUUGUCGUUCCUGGAACUACAACACCUCACUCAACAACAACACUGGAUCAAUGUAGAGAUGUUACGUGCACACUGCCCGAGUGUUCACGAGACAAUUCUUACCCAUUGUCUCUUGGACAUAUUGAACCCUGCUGUGAAUCAUACACUUGCGUAUGCAAACCAUGUGGCCCACCUCCAUCCUGUGAUGGAUACGAAACGAUUUUUAAUUCUGAAACUCAAUGCUGUCCAACAUACAUUUGUCCUAUUAUUCCAACUACCACACCAAUACCCCCUACAACUACUGAGAAUCCAUGUCUGAAUAUUGUGUGUGAACCUCCAGCACAGUGCAGCAAGAAAGGCGAAACACUAGUGGACGUAUCCUGGGGAAAUACCUGCUGUCGCAAUAUAGUGUGCCAAUGCCCCACGGUGUGUCCUGAUGCUCCAGUAUGUGAAAAUGACAAACCAGCAAUCAAGUAUUUUAAUCCUGAAAUACAAUGUUGUCCAGAAUACGAAUGCCAAAUCGAAGUAACUACUCCAACUCCACUGUUACCCUGUAGAGACGUUGUGUGCCCAACUAAAACAUGUGACGAAAACCACAUUCUGGUGGCAGUAAAGGGAGAUGACCUUUGUUGCUUCGACUAUAUAUGCGAACCAAUUAUUCACUCUACAAUUUCUCUAUGCGUCCAUCUCAAGUUUUACUUUGUAGAUUAUAUGAAUUCUACAAUUAGUGUUGUGUGUUUGUUUAUUUUACAGCCUCCUCCCGAGAGCACUACACCUUUCAUUGAGCCUUGUCACGAUGUUGUGUGUAACACAAAACAUAACUGCAAUCCUGAAGAUGCCAUCCUAAUUAGAUCUGAUCCAGAAAAUCCAUGCUGUUCUAUAUAUGAGUGCAUUCCUCCAACAACAACCACUGUGCCUCCAACAACUACAGAAGAUCAUUGUAGAGAUGUUACAUGCUCAGUGCCUACAUGUUCACGAGAUGGCUCUUAUGCACAACCCACUGGAGGCUUUUAUGCCUGCUGUCCAGAAUACACUUGUGUAUGCAGGCCAUGUGCAUCAAUUCCAUUCUGUAAUGGAGACAAGGCUAUAAUGAGUUUCGAUCCAUUUAACGAAUGUUGCCCAACAUACGAAUGUCCUCCACCACCACCACCACCACCAACAACACCAGGUCUCUGCUCAGGUGUUACAUGUAUUAAGGAUGUUACCUGUAAAUUCAAUGAAAUCGAGAUCCACGAUGUCAACCCCAGUGACCCUUGCUGUCCAUUGUAUCGCUGUGGUAAGCAGAGAAAACCACAAACCACGACGCUCCAUUUAUUUUCUCAGCCAUCUGUUCCUACCACCACCAUUGUGACUUCGUCAAUCUGCAGCAACGUCAAGUGUUACAAAGAUGUUCAAUGUAGACCCGAUGAACCCGUCAUUGAGUUACCCAAUCCAUUUGAUCCCUGCUGCCCCAGAUACGAAUGUGGAACUGUCACACCAACUCCUACAGUCAUUAUCACCACAAGCCAGGUUGAUUGUUCUGCAAGAGUAUGUGAAAGGAAAGUCUGUGGGGACAGUCAAAAACUGGUAGAAAGAGUGAACCCAUUAGAUCCUUGUUGCCCACUUUACACAUGUGAAUGUGAGUGCAAGACCGUCCCAUCAUGCAGCAGUGAUGAAAGACUGGUAGCAGUGCAUCAGUACAACCAGUGCUGUCCCAAACUGAAAUGUGAGAGGAAAAGAGAUGAAUGUCACCCAGUUCCCACUGAAGUGACCCUUACUUCUGGACAAUGUAGUGCUACGGUGGUCCUGUCAUCAUGCAGUGGAUACUGUUACUCUAAGAGUGACUUCGACAGCCUUUGGAACCCGAUCUCCAAAUGUCGUUGCUGCUCUGCAACAAGUACUCAUGCAAAGAACUUUGAGCUUCCCUGUCCAAAUGGUUCAAGAGCUCGUCUAACAGUUCUGGAAGCAAAAGAAUGUGGUUGCAAUAAAUGUUCAGAUAAUGACGAACAUCAUAGCGGUAGCGGAAGCGGUAGUGGUAGUGGAGAAGAGGGCAGUGGGUUCCUGUUAUGGUCAAAUUUGGAAGGAAGAAAUUAAGUUUAUAACAUAGAAUAUAAAAGUGCAAUCCAUGAAUAUAGAAAAUUGUUAAGUAUUUGUUGUUUCAUGCUCUCUCUAUAACUUUGGAGUGAGGUAUUUCCCUAAAGUCUCUAUAUACAUUACUGUGAAUUCCAUUUUAUUUUUUUUUCAUUUUAGCACACUGUCAUUUUGAUAUUUUCUAGCACAGUUUCCAUCUGAUGAGUACAUAUAAUGCCAUUUAUAAAAUAUGUUUUCUAUUUUUUAUAAUCUCAUAAUCUCUAACUAGAACAUCAAUACCUACAUCUCUAAACCCAUGAACAUCUGAAAAAAUGCAAUACUUUUGGUUUUUGACCAAACACAUUUUUUUUUGAGACGUCACAUGACUAACUUCACAUCUACAAAUCACAAAGCACUACAUGAGCCUUGAACAAAUAUUUUUAGGAAAUAAACAAUUAAGUUUAGUUUGCAGAAGUCAGGCAUCUUCAAAUUGUUCUCUUUCGUCCUAAAUGUAACUUGAUAUAGACUAUUAGAUAAAUCUACGGUAUUGUCAGACAUUGUCAUCAAGAACUUCCAUAUUAUAGUUCUCUCAAAUAGAUCAAUGUGCAUGGCAAAGAAUAUGUAUAAGCCCCAAACAGUGAAACUACAAAGUAUUCAUUUUAAGUUCAGUGUGAUGUGGAAUGCGUUGGCUAAAAAGUGGUAAAUGCAUAUCUGUCAAGCAUAGAUUUGCCACUCCAAUUCUGACAUUUCGGAUAUAUCAAAUGGCAUGUUUUUGUUUUUUAUGUUUUAAAAACCGGUACAAUGAAGGAUUUUUAGCACUUUUUUAAUCUAAUGUAACUCCAUUUGUAUUGGAUGAUGUAAAAAAAGAAAUAAUACUUUUCUGGCAAUUUUAUAGAUUUUGUGCGUCAGAAACUGAGUUCAUGCAUAGUGUUUAACACUGUAAAUAAUUAUAAAAUAAGAUGUAUUACAUGGUUCUAGAGAUGUGGGCUCUGUUAAGAUACUUUAUUUGUAUUGUGUGUUAUAUGACAGAUUAUCGCUAUAAAAUUGUCAUGAAAAACAAAAAAAAAUUGUUUUGUAAACAUUUGUUUAUUUUGCCUAAAGUGCAUCAAAGUGAUUUACUGUCUAGAAACAUCUGCUGUAAUUUCUUGAAUAAAUUCUAUUCCUUUAUAAA